AUGAACAAGGCGUGGAGCAUCAGUUUCUGGGUGCUUUGGGCGCUGCUGGCUGCCUCGUGGAUCCUUGCGUUGGCCGGCCUGGCAUCGGUGCAGAACAACUGCUACUCCGACCCCGGCGCGGCCCUGUCUGAUGUCACCGGCGUCCAUGGUGGCAGUCACGACUGA